AUGUCACUUAAUCUGACGGCUGCGCAUUCAUCUCGCAUAAAGAAGCCGACUUCAGCAUCGCGGCAGAAGACCCCCUUUGCCUCAUUUCGCCGUGCCAAGGCAGCUUCUACGCCGACUGCGCUUCAUAGCAAGGGCAAGCAGCUCGCAGCCAACCUUCACCAGACGGAGGAAAGUAGUAGGAGCGCCUCGAGACAUAGUACCGGUAGCAGUACUACCGGUGGAGAUGUCCUCUUCGAUGAGGCGUUGCCGGACCUGGGCCCUUCGAGGGUCAUUACGGAGUCCAUCGCCAUCAGCAGUGUGACUCAGGCCAUCCAGCAUAUCCAGAGCACCAUGUUCAGUGCCAUACCGGAAAGGAGAUCAGGCAUGAAUAGUACGCGGAUAGCACAGAUCAUGGCAUUCAGAAAGUCACUGCCUCCGAUCGUGUCUGUGGCACAUGUACAUGUUCUGCUCGACGAGCCUACAAAGGUCGAACGAGAGAUUGUACAGGUGGUUGACUCAGCUGUUGUACGCAGGCUGCUUGUAACUGGGCGUGGAGAUGGGACAUAUGGACUCGGCGACUGUCUUGUUCUGCUGGACGACUGGGAGAAGUUGGUUAGAAAUAGCACUUCGCUGGACGAUGUGUUGAAGGACCGCUUCAUUGAGGCUCUACGGAAGGAAACCAAAUCCCCUGCUGCCCCUGCUGGUUUCUUCUCUGCUGAGGAAACAGCUGCACUUGUUCGUUCAGGUUUCCUGGUGACGGCCUCGUCUCACUCCAAGAGUGGUUACAUAAAUGUAGGUCGCUCGACGACUUCACCCUCCGCAAAUCGUGCUGUCCACUCAACAAGUGAAAGAGGGUCAACAAUGAUCCUCUCCUUACCUAAUAUGGGGCCUUACCUCAGGCUUCUCGGAUCUGCACGCACCCAGAUCCUAGACACACUGAGGAAAUCUCGAUACAGUGAAGCACCUCUCUACCUGAUUCGUGACCGGUGGGACGGUUCUAUUGAGCUAAACUCUAGGGCUAGCGUAGCAAAGCACAUUCGCGGGGAGUUUGCGGGUGUCUUACCUGGCCGAACAAACAAGUGGAAACAGCUCCAUGGCUUGAACUUCCAAUGGGCCCUCGAAGAAGCCCUGGGUGCGGGACUGAUCGAGAUCUUUAACACAGGAAGCGUUGGGCCGGGAGUGCGGAGCGUAUAA